AUGAGCUCUUCAUCACAGCCCUCGCCGACAUCAAGCGACUCGACGACCAACACGCCUACGUUCAGCUUUCAUCUUUCAUAUGUGAGCGAUGCCUCUCCGACGGAAGAUGUCGCCCCCAAGAUCGAGGAGCUCGAGGACGACGAAUUGGAGGAUAUGAAGGUCUUGCCACUCGUCGACGGGGCUGAUGCAUCCCCAAACAAUGUCGUUGCGAAGCGGCCUCGCGGACGACCUCGAAAACACCCGAUCUCGCCACAAUCUGCGGUCAGCAAGACGCCGAAGGGCCGUUCAAAGACAGGCUGCAUAACGUGCCGGAGAAGGAAGAAGAAGUGUGACGAGACCAAGCCGAUAUGUGUCCACUGCCAGAAGAACAAUGUACAUUGCGAAGGGUACCCGCCGAGGGCAUACUGGAAAAGUGGGAAGCAGAGGGCUGAAGAAGGUUCAGAAUGCCCGCAGGCCCUUGGCCUAUGUGUAUCUGCUGAUCGAUACAAAGUGCAACGCCCAAACGUGGAGAUACCUCGCGAGCUGCCGGUGCUUAUCGAAGGCGUCGAAACCGACAUCGAUCGCUUCUUCCUUCAGCACUUCAAUCUCAACCUUAGCAAGGUGCUUACUCUGUUCACCGAGAAGCGGAACCCGUUCAACGAGGUCUUGCUCCCGAUGGCCCUCAGACACAAGGGUCUAAUGCACUCUCUUCUCUGUCUAUCAGGCUCUCACCUUUCCGCAUGCGAACCGACAAAUUCUUCUUGGGGAGAGCGGCAAUACUAUCAUUUCCAGUGCGCCAUCGAGAACCUGCAUACGGAUGAGAACAUGGCCAAGUCUAUCGCUGGAGACGAGACGGCCAUUAUAGAUGAUCCGACUGUUGCCCAAACCCUCGUGCUUUGCCUGAAAUCUAUCUGCGCAGGCGAAGUACAUGGAGAGUACAGGCCGCACAUGGACGCUGCAAGACAUCUCAUUCAGAAGCAGAAAUCUCGGAACCAGGAGUUCCAGGGCUUCCUGAUCGAGUUCUUUGUCUACCACGAUGUCUCGAACUCCCUGACAUCUCUGGACAGGCACUCGGUGCUCAUGAUGGAGGAUUUCAAACUGCCAGAGUUCAUGAUCCAGCCAGAGUCAGGCGCCUUGCUGGGCGUAGUCGACGGCCUAUUCGGCUACAUCUCCAAGAUCAGGCAGCUAAGAGACAGGAUACGGACUAGAAGAAAGCAGGACCUCAAACCCCUAGUAGACUACGACAUCCUCAGCGACGCCCAGGAAAUCGACGCCGCUCUGCGCGACUGGGUCUGUUGUCAACCAGCCGACACUCCGCGCUGGAUCGCGUCGAUGCUCUACCGCCAAUGCACCUGGCUGUACCUUCACCGCACCAUCUUGCCCUCAGUCCCCAAUCCGAACCUCCGCCGUGCGGUCGACCAGGGCCUCUUGUAUCUGCAGCAUCUACCGCCGGACUCGUCCACUCAGAGCAUUCUCCUGAUGCCGACGUUCCUCCUCGGCUGCGCUGCUUUCCACGCUGAGCAGCGGCCUCGGAUACAGCAGGCAUUCGCGGACUUGCAAGCAUACUCUCAGAACGGCAACAUCACGCACGCCAAGGCGAUUGUGGAGAAGGUGUGGGAGAUGAUUGAUGAGGGCCACGAGGAGGAAAGUUGGGACUGGGAGUCGAUAAUGGAGAAAAUGGGCUUAGACUUCCUCGUCACGUGA